UGCGCGCCCUGUACUGCAUUCCAUGGAUCACUUACAAGACUCUAUGACUGAUCAGAGACGCCACUGAUGAAGCAAUCCAGGUGGGUUUUCGUCGCCGAUAGGCACGUCCAGUCAUCGUAGCUGGUGAGGCAACGAGCAAUCCUAAUCUUCGACGAAUCCUCUGCGGCGAUGGCGAAGCUCCGCCGGCAAUUUAAUUCCACCGUUUUCCUUCUCAUUAUCUUCUUUUUCAAUUCUGUUCUCCGUCCAGCCCUAGCUUUGGUCGAAGGCGGCGAGGGACUGGAGGAGGAGUUCACUGAGGAGCUUCUUCUGAAACCGUUGCCCGAUCGAAAAGUGCUUGCCCAUUUCCACUUCCAGAGCUCAGCCCCUCCUUCCGUCGCCAACGGACGCCAUCACCGCCUCUUCCCCAAGGCCAUCGCACAGCUGGCACGCAAGUUUCAAAUAAGGGAGCUGGAGUUGUCUUUCACACAAGGACGUUGGAACUAUGAGAGAUGGGGUGGAUUUGAUCCAAUGUCAGCUUCCAAUGCCAAGCCCCCUGGUGUUGAGCUUUGGGCAGCCUUUGAUCUCCCUCUAAAUGAAAUUGAUCAUACUUGGAAGAAUCUUACCCAUGCUCUUUCGGGACUUUUCUGCGCUUCCAUCAAUUUCCUAGAGUCCUCCACUGCUUAUUCUGCUCCAAGUUGGGGUUUCCAUUCAAAUUCAAGCAAACUACGAUAUGGGGCAUUACCACGAGAAGCAGUUUGUACUGAGAAUCUCACUCCUUGGUUAAAACUUCUUCCAUGCCGUGAUAAGACAGGGAUAGCUUUAUUAUUGAACAGACCUUCUAUUUACAGGAGUCACUACCACUCCCAAAGGCUAAGGCUGAUAUCUUCUGAGUUUACUGGUAUAAUUCUUGAACAGGCUCUGACUGUUGUCCUUCAACCAAGUAUGAGAAGUAAUAGUCCAGCUUCUUCGGGUUAUGGAUUUCUUCAACCAAGUUGGUCCAUUAACUCAUUAUUUGGGAAGGAGGUGGUGGGGCAAUGCGUUCUUGCAAAAACUAGCAGAAUUUUUUUUGAACUGGAGAAGGAUUUAGCUUUUAAAGUAGAUAAGCUACAACCUUUGUCUUCUUGGAAUAAUUCAGCCUUUGAAUUGUCCGGGAUACCGAACAGUAAUAUCAGAGAGCUAAAUGCAGUGAAAAAUCUGGGAAGUUCUGUUCUCUAUGUAUUUGAAGUCAGCAACUCAAAUGACCAUAUUCCUUUGGAUGUAGGCAUCCGUUGGAAAAUUCCAUUGGUUUGGUCUUGCCCUCGUGCACCUUUCCAUAUGAACCGUUAUCUAAUGGGAAGUGGAAAUGAAAGAGGCUCUAUUGCUAUCUCUUUACGAUCUACACAUCUGCAUGAACAGUUUUCUAAAGCUUCAGAUGGUUGUGCGGUGCAUGCUGUCAUUUUCCAGGUUGUUCCUUGGUAUGUUAAAGUUUAUUAUCACACGCUGCACAUUUUUGUAGAUGGAAAGACUCAGAUCAUCUCAGAUGUGGUGAGAAAGAUGAAAAUCUCUCCUUCUGAAGACAAGUUAUCACCUGGGUCUAUGGAGUUGCUGCUUAGAUUUCCUUGUAAUAUACAAUCAGCUGCACUGACUUUAGAUUUUGACAAGGGAUUCUUACACAUAGAUGAAUAUCCUCCUGAUGCCAAUCAGGGCUUUGACAUUCCAUCCGCUUUAGUCACUUUUCCUGACUUCAAUUGUAGCAGAAGUUACCAGUUAGACGACUCGAUACAUUACAUGUCCACUCUGCUAUCUAAGUUUCAGGAGGAAAAUCCUGUCCAAACAUAUACGGAAGUAUUGCUUGUUCCCUUAACAACUCCCGAUUUUAGCAUGCCUUAUAAUGUCAUCACAUUUACAUGCACUGUUUUAGCAUUAUAUUUUGGAUCAAUGCUCAAUGUCUUGAGAAGAAGGGCUGGUGAAGAAGAGAGAUUAGAAAGAAGUAAAGCUUCCGAGAAACCUGGGCUGAUUCCCCUGCUCCUGUCCAAGUUGUCUUCAAAGCUAAAGAUAAAAGGGAAAGCACCAGAAUCUUCUCCAUCAUUAUCAGCAUCUUCUUCCAUACUGGGGCCUAAACUACUAACUAAAGUCAUGCUAGUAGGCUUACUAGCCGUUAUCUGGAACUACUAUCUCAAAAAUGGUUAAACUUUCAGCCCUCUAGUUUCAUUUUAUCAGAUGCUUGCAGUUCAAACUGUGCUCUUGUUAUUAUUUGAACAAGCUGAGGCUUCGUUGGAUGUGGCUUUCUUACUGCUUCAUAAAGCAACUUUUUAAUACAAAAAUAGAAAGCUGCUUUAAGCAGCAUUAAGAAAGCCUCCCCAAAAGAGUUGAUGGGGGGAUCAUAUAGCUUCUAACCAUCAAUCUUUGGAUGUGCUGCUCUUACAGCAGAAAUUUUGCAGCAGCUCACAUUACAAGAUUCUUUUGAUUUAUUUAAAAGUUAGUUUUUUCGGUGAUUUGAAGCUUUUUGGAGAUCAGAUGCUAACAACUCAUUCAAGAAGUCUUCAUCUUGAAAGAGUAGAAUGUUAGGUGUAUUCUGCUUAUUCAAAUUCAAGAUCUUAACAAUAAUUAGUCGGCAUCCACUAUUUAUGUUUGAGUUUUUAGGUAGUUAUAGUAAAAACUUAAGAUAGUGUUCUUCUUUUUAUUAAACCUUUAGGUGGUCUUGUUGGGCGUUACUAUAAAUUAACGCAUGGUCUGUAACUUUCAGCAAAUAUGAGAACUAUCAUGAUUCUUGUAUUGUAGUU